AUUUACUAUUAUUAUUAUUGUCUAAACAAACAAUGAGUGAACUGAAACAAAACAUUGAUUGGGAAAAGAAAUGGCAAGAAGGACAGACAGGCUGGGACCAUGGGGAGGCAAGUCCUGCACUAGUGGCAUUGUUUGAGCAAGAAGAAACGAGAUCACUUAUUCCCAAACACGGAAGAGGUUUAGUUCCGGGCUGUGGAUCAGGUUAUGAUGUCGUAUUUUUAGCAAGUAAAGACAGACAUAUGACCGGCAUGGAUUUUAGUCAGACUUGUGUUGAUAUGUUGCAUAAGAACCAUCCCGAUGCGUCUACUCAAAAUUAUGAUUUUGUAUGCGCUGACUUUUAUAAAUUCCAAGUUCCUGAUGGCGGUUAUAACCUUGCAUAUGAUUACACAUUUCUGUGCGCUAUGGAUCUUCAUAUGAGACCUGCUUGGGGAAAGAGAUACGGAGAAAUUAUCGCAAAAGAUGGUGUUUUAAUUACACUCAUGUUUCCUCUUGAUGUUCACGAGGGCGGUCCUCCAUUUACAGUCAGUGAAGAAUUAUAUCAUGAUCUUUUAGACGAGAAUUUUGAUCUCAUUUAUAUUAAAGAUGCUGUAGGCCACUCUACCCGUCUCGGCAGAGAAAAAAUUGCUGUUUGGAAGAGAAAGUAAGCUUUUAUUUAGACGAAGUACUUUAUUGUUCUUUGUUGUCUGAUAUGUGUUUGUUUCUGUACAUUCGUUUAUUUGCAUUCAACAAAAUAAAAAAGAAUUUGAUUCUCAAAUGGAAAGACAAGGA